AUGAGCCCUCCAACACUUGAAGAUAUUCGCAAGCUCGUUCAAGAGCUCACGGACCUUGCACCAGCAUUGCCAGAGUCAGUCCCUCUUGCAAAAAAAACCGACAGAAUCAGCAAGAUUCUUGCCAGCACACAAGGUGAAGACGAGUUCCACACCUUCAAUCGUCGCUACAAUGCGUUGUUCGGAGUGGACUGUCGUAUCGGACCUCGAAUGCGAUAUGUCACCCGCGGGAAGUAUGGGAUGCUGGCUUGGUGCGAGUACAUUCGCUCGAUCAAGCUAGAUGACCCCUCCAUGCAGUCGGCUGUCGUCGAGCUUCGGCUCAAAUCGCUCAUAAAAGAGCUCGAGUUUCUUGUUGGUGAUGCAGCUCCCGGCCGCCCGUCAAUUGACCCUAGCAAUCGUCUUAAUCCUGUGACAGCUUGUGGUGAGCGCGGCCAACAGCCUGUUGUGGAGACACAACCAGCCUUGCGAGAAGUCGAACGUGAUGCUGGUGGCUCUACGCAGCCUGUGACCCAUUCAGUAGUCGAGGAGCCGACCAGUACAGCUCUGUCCGCCUCUGGUAAUGGCGAUAACGCGCGCGAUGCCACAGACAAGCCGACGAGGUUGGGCGCCGGCAAAAGCGCAGACAAGACGGGAAAAAAGAAGUCUGCGCCCAUGCGGCAGCUUCCCCUGGACCAGCUGCUGAAACCCCAAACUGUUGACCUGCUAUCAGACGGUGAAGCCGGUGACAAGACAUACCGACUUCCCAGGCGCGCUGUGGAAGAUCUCCGCGCGCCAUCAGUUAUCUUCGAUUCUGAUGGCGAAGAGAUCAUCGAAGAGACACAUCGGAGGAAGUCGAAGCGCAAGGUGCUGUCAGACUUGUCUGAUAGUGGCUCAGGUAGUGGCAACGACUAUAAAGCCACCAGCGUCACAAAGUCCGACACCGACGACGUCACAUCAGAUGAAAGCGAAGAGGAGCCAGCCAUCAGCGUUCGCAAGAAGACAUCGAAGGCCAAGACGCAUAUACGUGCACCUGCAGAUCAUGGCAAGAAGAGGACAACCAAGGACAUCGGCCAGAAGCGCCGUUCAUCAUCAAACAAAUACAAGCGGCCAGUCACCAAGGAAGAAGGCAAGGAAGGCCGGGUUUGA